CGCAGCUCUUCCAGAGUAGAGGGAGAGCCCCUGGAGAAGAGCCUGUGUGCAGUGGGAGUCUCGGCAGCAGCGUGUUAGCAGGAGGAUGAGAGGCGGGAAUUUGCAGCGCGGUGCCAAGCCCCAGGCACGGAAGAGGGGGAGAGCCAGGCCAGCGGACGUGUGAGCGGAGCUCCCGGCUGGAAUGCACCAGCUCAGCAAGGAAGGGAUUGUCCUCGCCGGGCCGGGCGGGUGCUGCGCCCGGAGCCUGGUGGCCGUGACAGCUGCCCGGACCAUGGCGGCCGCAGACAGCCCCUCCACUGCCCUCCGGCGCCGCGACCUCUGCAGCCGUGGCAUCCGCCUGGCCGGGAAGAUGCGCGCGGACGUCGUCGACCUCCUGGACACCUACGUGGAGCAGCAGGGCUUGGACGCCUCGGCCACCGUGGCGGCGCUGGAGGGGGUGCCGCUGGCGGCGGUGGAGCGCUGGGACGAGCAGACGGGCACGCAGCGGCUGCUGGAGAACCUGGCGGCCUACCGCGCCUUCCGCGCCCUGCUGGCCCAGAUGCUGGAGGAGCAGCGGGAGCAGCUGGGUGAGGCCGACGCGGGCCUGGGCCGGGCACUGGCAGCCGUCCUGCUCCAGGUCUCGGCCUUCGCCUACCACCUCGAGGAGCUGCUGCGGCUGGAGAGCCGCGGGAUCCCCGGCGAGGAGGGGGACGGGCCGCCGCCCCCGCCGCGCCUCAGCCUCUUCGAGCAGAAGCUGCGGGGCCUGGGCGUGCUGCGGGAGCUGGCCCAGUGGGCCGUGAGGUCUGCGCGGGACCUGCGGCAGCUCGCCAAGCCCAGCCCGGCCACCGGCACGGCCACCGGCCUGGCCGAGAGCCCCUGAAGGCGAGCACGGAGCGGGGGGUCUUGGGUGCCGCUGGGGCUCCUUGCCCACCCUCUCAGAGGGCAGCUGACAGCGAAGGAGGGGGACGGGGAGGGGAGGGGCCGUGUCAUUAAUCCCCGUGCUUUUAGUGCUGCUCCCUGUGGGGAAACUGAGGCACAGGCCGCAGUCUACCCUGGAGGGAGCGGGGAUCCUCAAGGGGUCCUUGGGCUUUUCCUGCUGGGCGGUUGGAUUAUUCCCCGGGAAGCAGCUUUGCUGCUCGCCCCAAAGCCUGGAUGCCGUGACCAGCAGCGCUGCCCUUGUCUUGGGAAUUUGGACGCUUCCUAUGGCAGGCGGAAGCUGCCUUUGGGGCUCUUGCAGAUGCAGGGCAGGAGCGAAGGGACAGAAAAGCAUCACCCGGUGAAAGGAGUCUUGAGACCUGCCCCCCACCUGCAAGGCACAAGGCUUGGCCUCCUGCACGUGGACUCUUUCCUUCUGCCCAUCUUGUGUUGGCUGCUCAUUGAAUUUCUGCUCUAACUGCUUGGGGGCUUUUUGGGGAGGGGGGGAAGCAGGGAUGCGGUCAGGAGGGGAACUCUUAACUCUUGGACACGAUAAUGGAGGGGAUCUUUUAACUGAAAGGGGAUCUUUUAGCUGUGAUUCAGAAGCCCCUCUGCAAGGAGGUUGGUGCCUACAGGGGUUAUUUUAGGACUGGGAACGGCAUGGGAGAAUCUAACAGCCCCAACCACAUUGCUCACUCUGUGGAGUGCUGGGACUGGUUUCACAGCUUCCUGGGCCACGAUUCUCCUGCCGACUGGAUGUGAUGGCUGCUGGCUGCCGAGUGAAUAAAAGGGCUGGGAGAUCUA